GUCAAAAUACCUUAUAAUAAGGACCAAAGUGAGUAAUACAUCUUAAUUUGAUUCUUUCAAAUUUGUACUAUUUUUGAUAUAAAAUUAUUUAUAUACGGGAAAUAUAGACUUGUGAACUCAUGGUCGAAUUAUCUACAUAUACUUAUUAUGUUUCAAAAUAAUUAUUCUAUUUGAACUUUUGUGAGCUAAAAAUAACAAUCGAAACAGAAUAUUCAUGUCGACCGGUAGAGUUUCUUUGUGAUUUAGUAAUGGGAAUUAGGUGAAGUUCAGAAGAAGAAAAAAAAAAAUCUUAUUGGUUAAACCUACUAUGAACGUCAAUUAGCGCAAUAAGGCGACAAUGAAAUUGGAGGACCAUUUUCAUCUUUUUAUCUACACAAAUUUGUAUACUUGAUAACUUUACCGAAUGCUUUCCCAUCUAAUAAUGGAUCUUGGAUCCCACACGCCUUUUAUUUUGUUUGCAUCCUUGUACACUUUUUUGUCUAACUCUUUUUUUUUUCUUAUUCUUAUGAAUGAUAUUUUACAUGAAAUUUAUCCAUCCAAAUAAUAUGAUUCAAAUAAAUAAUAACUACUGAAAAGCAAUCGAAAAAAGUAUACGAAAACCAAGUACAAUGUUGUAAAAUUAAUAUUAUCUCCGUCCAACAAAAAUAAUCCACAUUAAAUUUUUAAAUUUAUACUAAAAACAGUACAAAACUCAAAAUUUAACGUGGACUAUUUUGGUGGGAUUAAACAAACAUACCAUAACAUAUUACAGAAUUUUAUUAUCAUUAUUAUGACAAAAUUGAACCAAGUGCAUGGUUUGCAUCAGAAAUUUCAUCGAGAUUUGCCGGCGACUACAGUAUUUGCCUACGGUACUUCGGCGGCAGCUGCAACAGUUCCGGGGCCACAAAUAGAAGCCAUGCGCGGCGUACCAACUUACGUCACCUGGCAAAACUACCUGCCGGCGAAACACAUACUACCAUGGGAUCCCACCAUCACCACCGCUAUUCCCAAACAAGGAGGUGUCCCGGCGGUCGUCCACCUUCAUGGAGGAAUCCACCCGCCGGAAAGUGAUGGCAACCCGCUCUCAUGGUUUACUGCCUCUUAUCGCGAAACCGGUCCGAAAUGGUCCCAACCAACUUAUAUGUACCCCAAUGUUCAAGGCCCCGGGAACCUCUGGUAUCAUGACCAUGCUCUCGGGUUAACCCGGAUAAACCUCUUAGCCGGUCUGGUUGCACCUUAUGUGGUUAAAGAUCCGGCUUUCGAAGCUAAAUUAAAUCUUCCGGCCGGUUCAGAAUUCGACCAACACCUCAUGAUAUUUGACCGGAGUUUCUACAAGGAUGGAUCGUUGUACAUUAAUUAUACCGGCGACAAUCCUACUAUUCAUCCGCAAUGGCAGCCGGAAUAUUUCGGCGACGCGAUUAUUGUCAACGGGAAAGCCUGGCCUUACCUGGAGGUACAGAGAAGGAAAUAUCGGUUUCGGAUCAUCAAUGCAUCCAACGCAAGAUAUUUUCGGCUUUCAUUAACAAACGGGUUGUCAUUCACCGUUGUCGGGUCGGAUGCGUCUUACUUGCCCUCCCCGGUAACUUCACCGAAUGUUUUCUUAUCACCAUCGGAGAUCGCUGACGUGGUGGUUGAUUUUUCGCUCGCUACCGGAGGUGAAUCGGUUUUAACAAAUGAUGCUCCGUACCCGUACCCGACUGGAGACCCUGUCGAUGAUUUAAACGGGAAGGUUAUGAAAUUCGUAAUCAAGCCAGGAAAUCCAAUUCCUCCUGAUAAUGCAACGAUCCCGACAAGUAUUAUAAGUUAUGCACCAGCUGAUAAAGAAGUAAUAAAUAGGUAUAUAGUUUUGUACGAGUACCAAAGUUCGACGGGUGACCCGACCCACCUUUAUAUUAACGGGAAGAGUUUUCUGGACCCCGUUACAGAGACGCCCAUACCCGGGAGUACUGAAGUGUGGGAAGUGAUUAAUUUGACACAAGACAAUCAUCCUUUGCACAUUCAUUUGGCGGAGUUUCAAGCGAUUAAGGUACAACAAUUGGUGGAUUUGGAAGGUUUUAAGUCGUGCAUGAUAAUAAAAAAUGACGCGAUGGCGUGUAACGUGACGGUGCAUGCCACCGGGAGUUUGUUGACGGUGCCGAAAUAUGAAAAGACGUGGAAAAAUGUGAUUAAGAUAGAACCAGGGUAUCAAACUACGGUGGUAGUGAGAUUUAAUUUGGUCACAAAUGAUGGUCCUUAUCCAUUUGAUGCUACGGCCGAGCCCGGAUACGUUUACCAUUGUCAUAUUCUGGAUCAUGAAGAUAAUGAGAUGAUUCGACCACUUAAGUUGAUGAAGUAAGAAAAACGACCAGAUGAUCACCUUUGAGCUAAUGGAUACUUUAAUUUCCCUGAUUUUCAAUUGAAGUGAAAAACAAAAUUAGUAGUACUAGUAUCCUCUUAAAAAUACAGUUUAUUGUUCUAAUUGGUAAUUAUGUAAAAUAUCAUACUGUAAAAAUCAAGAUGCCGACUGGGUAUAAAGUCGUCCCAAUGUUAUAUAUUGAAUGAAUCAAGUGAUA